UGUUAACCUUUGACCCUGCUGCAGGUUUUCACCAGCAUCCAGGAAAAAGCAAUCGAAGCCGAAAUGGUGGCAACUAAAGACGUCAGCAUGGAGCCGACUGUCAGAGGCCUUAAUGAAGAUCUGACUGAAGCUGCCAAAGAGUUUGAGGAGCAGCACAAGAAAGAUCUGGAGAAAGUGAAGGAAAUGGAGCUAGAAGAGUACAAGAUCCGCGGAGACGAUGAGGAGUGGGACCAGGUGCUGAAGAAAGCGGGGAGCACGGCUGUGGUCAGCAUCAAAAGCGACAAGAAGAGGAAAUGGGAAGGAGAAAAUGUCGUAACGAGCAACGCGCCCGGGAAGCAGAGGAAGGAAAUGAAACAUGGAAAAUUUAAGAAAAACAAAGACAAACAUGGAAAAUUUGGAAAGAAGGCAUAAAAAAACCCUGCAAAGCGAUCGGACUGCACACAAUUUGUCUUUGGACUCAUAGAUGCAUAAAAAUUUUUUUAUUUCUGCUCCUUAUUGAGUUGUUUCUACACUUUGCAUGAGGAACCCGAACAACGCUGUAAAACAGCAACAAUAACACUUUGCCUCAAUGUAUUAAACAUUUUAUAUUUUACA